GAGGCGGGCAGAAAGCUCGUGGCUGCUGCGCGGGACGGCAAGCUAAAAGAUUGUAAAGAGUUGAUGAAACUUUUGCCUUCCUUAGAUUUCUCAGAGCCUCCUUACUGGCGGACGGCGCUGUGGCACGCGUCGAGCCGCGGCCACGAGGCAGUGGCGCGGCUGCUGCUGGACAAAGGGGCCAGUCUUAACCAGCAAGACGUGUUGGGUUUUGCUGCGCUGCACGAAGCAGCCGUGCACGGCCAACUGCAAAUCGUGCAGCUCCUCAUUGAGAGGGGCGCCAGCGUCGACCUCCCAAACAACGCGGGAGACACUCCCUUGUUUUUGGCAGUUUACGCUAGGCGCACAGAGGCAAGGGCUAUUGUCGCUUUGCUGCUAAGCAAGGGGGCCCAAACAAACCGGGUCAACAAUGGCUUGAGAUGCGUGCAUGCGCAGGCGGGGCUAAGCUGCUACCACUUAGCAGCAGCAGCAGCAAGGCCCCAACUUGCUGCCUUUUUGCUUUAUAGGGGCUCUUACUUAAACAGAUUUAGCUGCCAGGAGCAGCAGGAGCAGCAGCAGCUGCUGCAGCGGCUAAGAAACGAAAGCAGCGGCAACGCCGAGGAAGGCAUUACGGAAGCGAAGCGCAGCAGCAGCAGCGGCAGCCGCAGCAGCCGCAGCAGCGGCAGCAGCAGCAGCAGGGAAGCUGAAUCAAAAACUGAGGAAGAGCAGCAGAAUGAAACAAAAGAUGAAACAUCUGGUGAAACUGAAGGAAGUUCCUUCGACUUUGGAGGAACUUCUUUAUUUGCCCUGCGGAGGCCACAAAGAUCAGAGGAGCUGAAAAAGGGGAGCUCCGGUGCAGCACCCGCUAGAAGAACUAGAGCUGCCCCGACGGCCAGCAGUAGCGUGCCGUUCAGCAGAUCCGGAGGCCCCGACGUGGCUGCUACAGAAAUUACGUAUUGGGUGUUGGCUGAGGAGGGCCGGGCAGCAGAGUUUUCUGCAGAAGAUGAGGCGAGGCCCCGGGAGGCGGCUGGGGGGCUGCAGGCCACGCCUAUUGGACCAGUGGUCCACGCGCGGGUCCACCGAGGCAGCGCAGAGGCGCUGUCGCUGGCGCAGCUGGCGCAGCAGCGGCAGCAGCUGCUGUCGAAGCCGACUUUGUUCAAAGUGCAGUUCGUGGAGGCGGCGGAGAAGGAAGAACUCCGGGUGUGCAGGCAGCUGCUGCCCUUCGACUUGGGCGAAGAAACUUUUCUCAGUUCCUUCGAACCCAUAUGGGGGCUGCGAGUAGUGCUGGCGCUGCUGCUGGAGGCUGAAAACAGAAAAGCGUUUUACGGCGAAGUGCCCGCUGGGCCUUUGCUGAGCCUCCGCGCGCGCUGCUGCCUGUACAGGAGACAUUCCCUGGGCAUGCCUCUUAGCUUUUACAGCCUCGACGCCUUUCUUGAGCAGUGGGCCAAGGGUACUCGAGAGCUGCACUUCAGGUCUCACCGGCUAGGGGCUCUCAACGCAGAACUUAAUGAUCUCAUUGACUUCGAUUUCAGGUCCAAAUUGCCUGCCGUCGCGCUAUUCCUCGAGAAGCCCCAGGCGACCGCAGGCGCCUCUACAGGGGGCCCCCCAUAG